AUGAAUGAGCCUAUCCGCCGCCGAAUCGGCCAUCUCCAAGGCAAAUCCAAACUCUCGGGCUGGGUUCUCCCCCGCGAAACGACCAGUUUCGCAGACGAAGGCACCUGGACAAAUAUUGAUGCGGACGUUACGCCACUGGAGCGAAGGACAUGGUCUACAUCUACCGUGUUGGGGUUCUGGUUCAGUGAUGCCCUGAAUGCACAGGGGUGGGAGGGACCGAGUUCGAUUAUACAGCUUGGGUUGACGUGGAGGGAGGCUUUCUACCUGCCCGUCUUGGGAGCAAUCGUGGAUACAAUACCGUUGAUUCUAAAUGGCGCAAUUGGUGCUCAUUAUCAUAUACCCUUUCCUGUUGUUACGAGGUCGUCGUUUGGGUAUUAUUUUUCCCGAUUCGCGGUCAUUGUUCGACUCAUCACAGCGCUUUUCUGGAAUGCGAUCCAAACCUGGACCGGUAGUCAGGCAAUGUACCAGGUCAUUCGCGCCAUUUGGCCAUCAUUUCUGAAUAUUCCCAAUCACUUCCCCGACAAUGCCGGUAUAACCACUUCAGAAAUGAUAGCGCACCUCGUAUUCUGGUGCGUGCAGACGCCUAUAAUGCUCACACCACCGCACAAACUCAAGUGGUUCUUUGUCGUCAAGGUAUUCGUGGUUUUGAUUGCGAGUACAGGCACGGUCAUUGCCAUGACAUACAAGGCGCACGGCGUAGGUGAUAUAUGGAAUCAGGAGUACUCCGUCUCGGGGUCGGCGAGGAGUUGGUUGAUCAUGAGUCAAUUCUCUGCCCAGUGCGGUGGAUGGGCAACAAUGGCAACCAACAUCCCCGACUUCACGCGCUACAUGCGCAACGGCCGAGGCGUCUACUGGCAAGCCUUCAUGCUCCCUAGCAUAAACCUCCUCAUGUCCGUCUUCGGCACAAUCAGUACCAGCUGCGCAAAAGUCGUUUAUGGAACCUAUAUUUGGAGUCCGCUCGAACUCGCCUCUCACUGGGACGGACCCUCAGGUCGCUGCGGUGCAUUCUUCGUCGGGUUGUGUUGGGUCAUUGCCCAGAUCGGGACUAAUAUGUCUGCCAGCGUUAUCUCAGCGGCCAACGAUCUCACAAAUCUGUUUCCUAAAUACAUCAAUAUCCGUCGUGGCGUAAUUCUCGUGUCGCUGAUUUCGGGCUGGAUUAUGGUCCCGUGGAAGAUUGUGUAUUCGGCUUCGUCACUCAUCACUUUUAUAUCUGCGCUGGCGGUGUUUCUGGCACCGAUUGCUUCGAUUCUGGCGUCUGAUUAUUGGAUUGUCAAGAAGCGCAACUUUGAUGUACCGGGAUUGUAUCGUCGGCAUGGUCGAUACCGGUAUCAGUUCGGUGUCAAUUGGAGGUCCGUCGUUGCCUUUCUCGUGGCUGUUACGCCUACGCUUCCGGGACUGGCGAAUUCGGUGAGCAGUAGUGUCAAGAUCAGCACUGGACUGGCACGGUUCUACGACUGCAACUAUCUCUAUAGCUUUCUGAGUGGUGCUCUUGUCUAUGUCGUUUUGAAUAAGGCUUUCCCGGCGACAGAGACGCUACUUGAAGUACCAAUAUAUGAUGACCCUGCUAUCAUCGAUGCCGUGGAACAAAUAUGCGCAAUGCCCCAUAACCGCAAACAACGCCGCGCUGCAGCCGCAGCUGCAGCAGAAAACGAAAACAGCUUUGUCGAUUCGUCAAUCCCUCUCUCGCGCCCACCGGAAUUCACAAACAAUAGCAACAAGAGCAGCAGCGCCCAACAAGCGAAGACCCUCCUCGAAAUCGCAGCUGAGCGACAACAAGAACUGAACCAACACAUCAACAACGAAGGAAAGGAAAAGCCUCAACUACCAAACGGGCAAUUCCUCGACCUCAACGCAACAGAGACGCAAUUCCUCGAACUCUCAUCAACAGGACAAAUAUCGAGCCUUGACCCGAAUACCCUCCCUUCCAAAAUAAUCAAAACGAAAGACGAAAUAGAAGAAGAAGAAGAAGACGCAGAAAUACCACCUCUAAUCGACACCCUAUUCACCUCCAUCCCUCUAACGACCGUCCACUUCACCCUCGCCUUCCUCGCCGCACACCAAUACGUGCAACACAUCAUAUGGAAAGAUCUGAUCAAGGAAUCACUUUUCAUCGCGUUUCCAGUGCUUACCUUCGUCGUCCAUCUCGCUCACGGCCACGUAAUCUCGUUCCCUCGACGGAAAGGGAAACGCAGACCAGCCAAGCCGAAAGAUGUGUCAGCAUCGUCGAUGGUAUCAGAAGCGUUGAUAGGCGACCUUUUCACUGCACGGACGCUACUCUUCUUCCUACCCCUUGCAAUCGUGCUCGGUGGGACGCUCGUGCAAACUACAAACCAGGCGGGAUACUACGCUGUCAUGAAGCGGGCGCCGAGUAUAGGCACAAUGUGGGUUUGGUGUGUGUUGGAGAUAUCGUCUCCGUUGGCGGCGUUGGUUGCCUUAUUGGUGCCCUUGGGAUGGGGGGUGGGUGUUAUGGGGUAUAAAAUAUAUUAA